UGUAAGAAGCAUAGCUGAUUCUCAGGGAAGAUAUCUCUUAAAAGUAGCAAGUCUUGGGAAACAAAGAGGUGGAGUUUUAAAGCAUGGUUGACCAAGUUGAUUGCUUAUGGUUUCUCAUCUCUCUUCUUGUAAUCUUCAUCAAGUUUCUAAGAAAAGGUAUCACCAAUAUGGCUCUUUGUUCCACCAACUCUCCUCAUCACCCUUCUUGGAAGAUGAUCACUGAAUCAUCACCAUCAGCAUCAUCAGCAUCAUCAUCAAGUAUGGUAACGACGAAGUUGCCGGAGCUAGCAAGCAAGAGUUGUAAGGUUAAUCUGAUGACCGAUGAGGAAUCUGUGAGUUUAGAGAAUAAGAAGAAGAAGAUGAUGAUAAGGAAGAGGCCGUCGAAGAUUGUGAUACCCAAGUCUUUUGUGAGCUUGGAGUUUGGUGAGGCGGAGAAGGAGAAAGAUUUGGGAGAGAAGGAGGUUGAGGUUGAAGAGAAUGAGUAUUGUUUGGCAUCUAAAAAAGGAAAAAGACAUGUGAUGGAGGAUGGUUAUGGAGUCAUAACCAAUAUUCAUGGAGAUUCCAAACAGGCAUUUUUUGGAGUUUUUGAUGGACAUGGAGGACGUGCAGCAGUAGACUUUGUUUCUGAGAAACUUGGGAAGAAUAUAAUAAACUCUCUUUCAGCAUUACUAGAAACAGAAGAAGAGGAACAAGACUCUCUGGAACUAGCAAUUAAAGAAGGGUAUUUGACCACAGAUAGGGAGUUUCUUAGCAAGGGUGUGAGCAGUGGAGCGUGUGUAGCAACAGUCAUGUUCAAGAAUGGAGAGCUGCAUGUUGCCAAUGCAGGUGAUUGUAGAGUGGUCAUGAGCAAGAAUGGUGUGGCUUAUGCACUAACAAGUGAUCAUCGUCCCUCAAGAGACGACGAAAAAAUUAGGAUUGAAAACUCGGGAGGCUAUGUGAAUUGCCGAAAUGGAGUGUGGAGAGUUCAAGACUCACUCGCUGUCUCGAGAGCAAUCGGCGAUGAGAACAUGAAAAAAUGGGUUAUAUCUGAGCCAGAGACUUGCAAACUGAAGCUUACUUCUGAAUGUGAAUUCUUGAUAAUGGCUUCUGAUGGUUUAUGGGACAAGGUGAGUAAUCAAGAAGCACUGGAUAUUGUAAUGAAGAAGAAGAACAGCGUGAGGUCUUGCAAAGAGCUUGUGGAGUUGUCUACAAAGAGAGGUGGAAGAGAUGAUAUAACAGUUAUGGUGGUUGAUCUUCAAAAGUUUAUGUAGAUGAUGAUGUUGGUGGUUUAAUUGUAUACAAGAGAGAUUGAGGGAUUAAUUAGGCAGUUUAUUAGUUGACAUGAGAUAUAUUUUUUUUAGGGUUAGGAUAAGAAACUAAUUAGUAGAAUGUAUAUGUAUAUAAUUAGAUUAAGUCUAUUCCUUUAAUUCAUUAACAUUGAAU